GAGUUCCGGUUGUGUUCCUCUUUCAACGUCUGGAUGAAUGUCGACUUCCUCUGGACUUCCACAACACUGAGAUCCUGACUGAUGUUAGAGAGUCCACCUCAGUGGAUGUGCUACUGACAAACCUCAUCAGGGGGAACCUGCUUCCCUCUGCUCGCCUCUGGAUAACCACACGACCUGCAGCAGCCAAUCAGAUCCCUCCUGAGUGUGUUGACAUGGUGACAGAGGUCAGAGGGUUCACUGACCCACAGAAGGAAGAGUACUUCAAGAAGAGAAUCAGAGAUGAGGAGCAGGCCAGCAGAAUCAUCUCCCACAUCAAGACAUCACGAAGCCUCCACAUUAUGUGUCACAUCCCAGUCUUCUGCUGGAUCACUGCUACAGUUCUGGAGGAUGUGUUGAAGACUAGAGAGGGAGGAGAGCUGCCCAAGACCCUGACUGACUUGUACAUCCACUUCUUGGUGGUUCAGUCCAAACUGAAGAAGAUCAAGUAUGAUGGAGGAGCUGAGACAGAUCCUCACUGGAGUCCAGAGACGAGGGAGAUGAUUGAGUCUCUGGGAAAACUGGCUUUUGAGCAGCUGCAGAAAGGCAACCUGAUCUUCUAUGAAUCAGACCUGACAGAGUGUGGCAUCGAUAUCAGAGCAGCCUCAGUGUACUCAGGAGUGUUCACACAGAUAUUUAAAGAGGAGGAGAGGACUGUACCAGGACAAGGUCUUCAGCUUUGUCCAUCUGAGUGUUCAGGAGUUUCUGGCUGCUCUUCAUGUCCAUCUGACAUUCAUCAGCUCUGGAGCCAAUCUGAUGACAGAAGAACAAUCAACCUCCAAGAAGUCUGAAACAAGAGAAGAUGAAUCUGCAGAGACACAGUUCUACCAGAGUGCCGUGGACAAGUCCUUACAGAGUCCAAAUGGACACCUGGACAUGUUCCUCCGAUUCCUCCUUGGACUGUCACUGCAGACCAAUCAGACUCUCCUACGAGGCCUGCUGACACAGACAGGAAGUCGCUCAAAAACCAAUCAGGAUAUAGUCCAGUACAUCAAGAAGAAAAUUGAGGACAACCCGCAUC